AUGUCCACAUCAUCACCAUCACCAUCCCCUUACCAGCCUCUUGUCCGGGAUGGCCAUGCCCGCGAACCCAAUAGGCAGCCUUCAAUGUUCAUAUUUUCAACGGUGCCCGUGGUCGAUGAGAACACUAUCAUCCUCGGGGCCACACACCCUACCCUCUCCACCGCCGACCCGCAAGAGGAUGGCUGGUUCAUUUCGGAUUUUUACGCUUUCAAUUAUUUGUUCAAAGGACUCGGCAUGCAGCAAACCUGGCUGACAGCUGUGGAACCCGCCAGGCUCGUCGAGAAGUACGGGCCGUUCCUACUUGGAAACCCCUAUGAGGAACGAAAGAUAUGUCUGAGCCAAGAGCUCUUGGACAGCGAUGAACUCUCACCUGUGACUGUGGUUAGCCCGGAAAGAACGAUUGACCGAUUUCUGAUAGAAGCGAAAAAGGCUUCUGAGCUGGCCAAGAGAACCUCAGUCCCCCUUCUCCUUCUUACUUUCUGUCACGGACUCCCAAACUUUCGUUAUCUUUUAAACAACGCGGAUAAGCAGAGGGGUCUGGGCAUGGCGAGACUCAAAGAUGUGCUUGAGCUCGGUGUACGUGUUACGCUCGUUACUACGGCAUGUCACUCUGGUGGCUGGGCCACAAGCCCGGAUUUCAACCACACCACCAUGGCAGCUUCCGACGAGACUACGACGAAACACGGAACAUCGAACGCGUGGGGAGUGUGUCAGAGUAUUGGCCGCGACUACGUCGUCGGCUUAAUUGGCCUUCCUACACCUAGUAAAAGGAUCUGUAUCCUCUGGGAUGAAUCUGCCUGGGAAGCCGCCCUCACAGAGACCGAUCCCACUUGGAAGCAGCGAUAUAAGAUAAUUACGCGUGCCCUUGGCGACUUCCCCAUUCUCCUCCCCAAUGAUAAACAAGGCCCGCCGUUCUUCCGACCCAAUUGUUACCUAGUAGCCGCUCUCGUCGAGGCUAACAAGCCUGACGAUGAGACCAUGGCUAUUAUCUCUGCCAUAGAGCCUGUCCUGGAAACACUGAAAGAUUUCCACGAACAGCGUGCUUGUCAAGACGAGCGUGUGCCGUGGCCGUGA